GGGGCGCGGGCGAGGUGGCCUGGGCGGGGGAGCGCAAGGGGCAGGGCCGCGGCGGCGAGGAGGGGCGCAAGGAGGAGCGUGCCCGAUAAAAGGCUGCGAGGCGGCCCCACCCCGCGGCUGGCCGGCGGCAGGCUCGGCGGGUUCCUUCCGUCCUGCCCGCGCCGGCGGCAGGGAGGUGGCGCACGGCCCGCAGCCAGCCCAUGGAGGCUUUUCCUUGGGCACCUAGCUCGCCCCACCGCGGCCGCGCCCCCGCGCCCAUGGCACUCAUGCCUAGCGCCCGCCUCGUAAACACCCCGAGCCCGGCUCACUCGCAGCCCUUCAGCUCUUGGAACGACUACCUGGGGCUCGCCACGCUCAUCACCAAGGCGGUGGACGGCGAGUCGCGAUUCGCUUGCGCCCGCGGCGGGGACAGCGGCAGCGGCGGUCCCCAGCCCUCCUCUUCCUUGUCGUCCUGCUGCUCCUCCGACGUGGGGACCGGACUCGGGACUCUGGGGCCGCCUGACUACGAUGAGGACGACGACGACGACGACGACGACAGUGACGAGCCGGGGUCCCGGGGCCGCUACCUGAGGGACGCACUGGAGCUGCGCGCGCUGGAGCUACGCGCGGGCACCGCGGAGGCCGGAAUGCUAGAAGAGCGCUUCGCCGAGCUGAGCCCGUUCGCGGGUCGCGCCGCAGCGGUACUGCUGGGCUGCGCGCCUGUCGCCGCGACCGCCGAGGCGGCGCCGCAGGAAGAACGGGCCCCAGAGUGGGCAUCUGUGCCCCGGCUGCAGACGACCUCCGGAGCGGCCGCAGCCCGCCUAUUGAAACCGGAGCUGCAGGUGUGCGUGUUCUGCCGGAACAACAAGGAGGCGGUGGCGCUCUACACCACCCACAUUCUUAAGAGCCCCGACGGGCGAGUGCUGUGCCCCGUGCUGCGCCGCUACACGUGCCCCCUGUGCGGCGCCAGCGGCGACAACGCGCACACCAUCAAGUACUGCCCUCUCUCCAAAGUGUCGCCGCCGCUCGCCACGCGUCCGCUGCCUCGCAGCGCCAGAGACGGCCUGCCCGGCAAGAAGCUGCGCUGAGCGCGUCGGCUGGCGUCUCCUUCACCGAUGCCCCCAGGGUCGCCGCCAACUGGCCGGUGUUCCUCCUGCGCUGCUGGGGAAGCGAGGACCUCAAGAGCUAACUCAAUUUGGGAUGUCGUGGUGGUCGAUCUUUCAGAAACAGCUGCCUGUGUGGAGUAUUUUGCUGUUGAGACCCACGCUAAAAAUCUUGAUUUGUAUUUAGUUUCCAGUUUGCUCAUUCACAACAGCGACGCCUGGUUGUGUGUUCCAGAGAAAUACGGCAAGGAGAGGCGCUAUUUACUGUAUACAUCGAUAUAUUUUAGAUGCACAUCAGUAUGAACUGUCUCACUUUAAUCUUCAAUGUUUCAUUUUACAAACGGAGGCACUUUACUAGGUCUAGAAUAUUUUUUUAAUAGCCUCUAAUCUGAAUUUGGGAGAUUUUACGGAAUGUUGGCAAAAUUACUAUUUUAUUGUUUGAUGCAGUUAGUAUUUUAGUUAGGUUAAACAAGCCCUUAGUGGCUGCGUUUGAGAAGUGUCGGUUUUAGUACACUUGCCCUUGUUUGGGUGCGUAUUCCCUCCUUGUGGCUUGUUUCUGUCCUAGCUGGGCGUGUGACGGGCACAGUAUGUAGCAAGUAGAACACAGCUCCUUAUCUUUUUAUGUACCAGAUCUCUUACAACUAGCAACUAGCCUUUCCUCCUAAAAAAAACUGUGCCAAGUCAUAAUCGUGUAUACACUUGGAAAUGGUGCUGUUUAAAAAUGUGUAUUUAUAUAGUAACAGUAUAUGAAUUUCCCCUGUAACUCCUACUUGGCAUUUUCUUUACACACCAACCAUCCCCUAUUUUCAGUUAACAAUCAUUUGUGAUACUAAGAUCAAGAGAGGGAGGCAAGAAAGCAGUGUUAGCUCACUAUGAACUACUCAAUUUCAGGGUUCCUGUGUAAUAAGAGAAAAGCCCGUUACAGCUGUUGCUUCUCAAAAUAGAAGAUAGGAGACAAAUGUAAUUAAUAAUUUGUAUUCAAAAAGGUCCUACUGUGGCCUGUUUAGCUUCAAGCAUGAGAGGCACACCAAGAUAAACACAGAAGGAACUAAACUGUUGGGCUGGAGGGUAAGGGCACUCUUACUGAAGAUAACUGCUCUGCUUCUGGAACUCCUCCAGUUACCCGUGAAAUUAAAACCGGGAUCCUUUAGGCGAAGGUUUCUAGCCCCCGCAUUACUUUCCACCACCAUUUUUAAUCCACCAUGCUAAAUGCUAAGGCAUGUGGCUGCCUACCAUCAAGAUAGAUGGAGUUGAAAACAGAAAUGAACUAAGAAUUUAUCCGAACUGUACAAAACACCACUAUCUGCAAGUACCAGGAAGAGAUUUAGUCUAUCUAUACAGCUUUCAGCUGGAGAAUUUAACUAGGGUAUUAGGAGUCAGACUGCUUCAAUAUUAAAUAGCUAACUUCCUCCACAGUAAACUGGCUUGGUAUGAAACACUCAUUUGAAGGUGUAACAGAUGAGAUAAAUGCUAGGUAGCUAGAAGCCUUUUUGGUCAAAGGUAAGAUCCAUCAGAACAGACAGAAAUGAUGGAUAGGUAUAUUCUUAAGUAAAUCCACCCAUUAGUCUUACUUCCUCAGACCAGAGAACCACAGAUUUGACUAGGUUACUUAGGUAGCCUAGUAACUUACUAGGGGCUGGGGAUUUAGCUCAGCGGCAUAAGUGCCUGCCUUGCAAGCAUGUGGUCUUGAGUUCGAUCCCUGGUACCGGUAAAAUACAAAAAAAAAAAAAAAUUUAACUUUUUAAGGGUAGGGAGGCCAGUAAAAAACACACUAUCUAAUUAAAUUAGCUUUGUCUUGGGGCAAAUUUAAGUUCCUGUUUCUUCCACUGCUCUGUUCUACCUUUUCAAAGGGGUUUCUAUGAACACAUCAGUGAGUGAAUUCUUCAGGCCAAAAAGACUAGAUAGAUGGCAGGAUCAAUUUCAGCUAUUUUGAAAUGUUCUUAGAAUCACAGACUGUUCCUAAGAUCAGGGAUUAUGCCAUAGGCACCUGACAAAAACUUGCUAUUCUGGUAUCACUAUUUUACUAGAAAUGGGAACCCCAAGAAUGGAGUUCAUCUGCAGUCCUGAAGUCAAGAUUGGCGCAGAGAUCCUGCAUCAACCAAUUGGAAACACAUCCUAUCACCACACCCCGUAUCAAAUUUGCUUCAGUUUUCCAACUUACUGAAAUACUGAGCUAAAACAUUAAGUUACUACUAGUUAGUUUUCCAGAGUUUUAUGGGAAAUUAGGCUUAACUACAUUCAUUUAAAAGUAAUUCCUGGAAUACAAUGUGAAGCAUUCUGCAAAAUUUAAUUAGUAUAAAGAAAUCUAAAGUUUGAAAACAUAAAAGUAAAAACAAAAUUAUUGAUGUGAACAUGCAGCUAUUCUGCUAAGUAACAAACCAGUAAUAUGAAAUCCUCAAGUUGCUUUACAAGGGUGAAGACCAGGCUGCCCUCACCUGUUCACUUCUGUUCUUGUAUUCCCAAUGGCUGGCAUGCCCCCCCCUUCCCAGUCCUUUAGAAGUUGCAGUAGUAUUUGCUUUGAUUAAAACAACUUUUCAAUUUACUGAACCAAAACUUCUUAAAAUUUCUCCAUAAAUAUAUCCAAGGAAAAAAAUUUGCUAGUCUUCUCACGGUAGGAGAAAGAUUUCCUCCAAGGUCCUAUAUAUUUCAAUUAUAAAUACACACACUGCAGUGUACAGUCAAAUGCCUUUGGUAAAAGGCACCAACAGUUUUCUAUCUAACAUGCCACACAGAGGCUCAAUUUCUGGCAGGCCUAAAGGCCUUAUGAUGUCUCCACCCUCAGAUCGGUAUUAACAGCAAAGCUCUUCUCAUUUAAAAAUGCCGACGGCUUAGGAACAUGGGGACCAUUGAGCAUACUGGUGAGUAGGCUGCUUGUUCAGUCUUCUUUAAGAGUACCUAACAGGUAACUAGAGAAACAGGGUUGGGACCUAGAUAGUAGAAAUGAGCUGGAUCACAAAGCAACAGGAUCAGACUGUUUUGUCCUCUGCUUGUGCUCUAGGUUCUAACACCCAGGACCAAGAAAAGUUGAGAGAACAGAAUGUCUGAGAAAUGGUGCAAGCAGAAAGGUUGUGCCUGCAGACUAGCCUUAAAACCCGCUAUAGGUACCUCCGCAACUUUUAAAAAGGUCUGAUUACAAGAACUGUCUGAUGGAACUUACCUGUGAUGUCACAUGUAUAGUUCUGUACACUAGGAAUAAAUUCUACCAGGUUACUCCAAAUACAAUCUUUGAAGUAAAGUUUUUACUUAAUAAAAGAAAAGGCCCUCUCCCCACAAAGACCUUUCCUAACUUCUACAUGUGUGAAAUACUAGAAUUUAAUAAGUGUUAAAAAGUGGUCUUAUUCUUGGUAACAUCAAACAAAACCUCUGACCUUAUACCACCAAGGUGACACACACCUCACACUUGUACAUAAGCCUAGCGGACAGCAUUACAAGAAAACUAGGAAUUUCAUUAAUAAAGAGAAUGUUCAAGAGGAAACACCCUAGCUGUAUUUGCUUUCUGUUGUACUUAGGUUAUUUGAUACUGAACACAGGUAAGUUCAAUGGCAUUGACAACAUUUCAAAUUCAACUGGAUAUGCAAACUUCUCUGUAAUCACAAGUCAACACUAAAGUUCUGUGAGUAUUUUAUUUUUCAAUGAAGAAAGAAAACAGCAAGUUCUGUGUUGGCUUCAAUACGACCAAAUAGUUAUUCUUUAACAUAACUAUUACACUCCAAAAUUGAAGUCAACACAGUCAUUACUACAAAUUACUUGUUGACUCUAUCCUGAAAAGAAAGAAAAUUAGGAAAACGAAUUUAAACAAUUUCUCCAAGCCACAUUUAUAAAUAUUGUCAUUUAAAAUGCUUGAAAGGCAUGAAUUCUCCAUUAAUGGAAAGCAGUUUCCUAUUGGCAACAGAAAAAAACAACUCAGCAAUAGUUUACCAAUUGUUUCAAAUGUAAAAGCUGUAGUUUCAGGGUUUGCACUUCAGCAGUACUGCCAUUACAAUAAAGACUGCAAACUGCUUUAUACUCACCUCAAGUAAAAUCUACAGAAAAUCCCACUGACUCCAAUGUUUACUGUACUUAUAGUGAACCUAAAAACUUUCUAAAUUUAGUUAAUAGUAAAUAACCUCAAAAGACCUAAAGAAGUUUAUGUUUCAAUUGCUAAUGGUGUGAAAACUGUAUCAGAUCCACUGGUUUAGAGUCUUCAAACACAUUUCUUUAAUAAAACCUUACCUCAUUCCAAAUUAAUAUCAAAUAUUUCAAAAUUGGAAGAAAAAAAAGCUCUGUUCUAUACCAAGAUACAGGUAUUACUCGGUACCUGAUAGGUUCACAUUGUAAAUUUAUUUUUCUUUUUUCCUUUCUUUUUUUUUUUUUUUUUUUUU